GCCAGUUGCCAUCUGCCGCUGAACGAUUAGACAAGCAAAAUGACCAGCGGAAUACUUGCAGGGAAGAUAGCCUUUGUCACAGGUGCUGGCUCUGGGAUAGGACGUGCAACUUGUCGCCUGUUGGCCCGAGAUGGUGCUAAAAUUAUAGCUGCCGAUCGAAAUUUACAAGCCGCCGAGGAGACAGCCAAAGAAUUGAACUCAGCGGUGGCCCUGCAGUUGGAUGUCUCAUCCGAUGAGAGUGUUAAGGGUGCUGUGGCUCGGGCGGUGGCCCAGUGGCAACAGGCCCCUCACAUUAUUGUCAAUUCCGCUGGAAUAACCCGUGACAAUUACCUACUUAAGAUGCCCACUGCCGAUUUUGAUGAUGUCUUUAAUGUGAAUUUGAGGGGAACAUUUCUGGUCACACAGCAUUUUGCACGUGCCAUGAUCGCCGAGGAGCAGCAACGCGGCGGCAGCAUUGUCAAUCUCUCGAGCAUUGUGGCACGCAUGAAUAAUGUGGGUCAGGCGAAUUAUGCGGCCACCAAAGCGGGGGUUAUCUCCUUCACGGAGGUGGCCUCCAAGGAGUUUGGCAAAUUCAGGAUACGUGUCAAUUGCGUUCUACCCGGCUACAUUGAUACGCCAAUGGUGGCUGUCGUUCCCGAUAAGAUCAAAGAGCAAGUGGUGCAACGGUGUCCCCUGGGACGUAUGGGCAAGCCCGAUGAAAUUGCCGAAGUGAUUGCUUUUCUGGCCUCCGAGAAGGCGUCCUAUGUGAAUGGAGCGGCCAUUGAGGUUACUGGCGGUCUAAAAUAGACAGGAGAGCAUUUGGAAUAGAACCAACAAAUAUUUUGCAUUUACUUGUUAUAAGCGCUUAAUAAAGAAAAUUUCACA